UGCAGGUUUGUCUCACAUCCGACUCUCAACAAUGACUUCUGGCGGCAUGAAGACAGCGCCUAACAAAAGGCCGUACAUCUGUAUUCCGAAAAAACUCAUAGAUCUUUUGGCCGAGCAAUAUGAACUUGAACAUGGACUGCUUGUAGAAGAUCUGAAUCCCUAUAUAAAUGAAGGAUAUAUACAAGCUUACUUCCGAGAAUGGGGCACCGUCAAAUCAUGCAAAAUUAGGAAGAAUCCCAACUCUGGGAAACAAAAAUCGUUGGCCUUUGUGAAGUUUUCUUGUGAGGAAGAAGCAGACAUGGCAGACUGGGUCGGUCCUCACAAUAUCGGUGGAACAGAAGUUAAAGUGAGGCGCUUUGUUACUUUCAAGGGUGAGGAGGAUUCAGAGCAAGGGGUUGAUGGAGCCACAGUUAAACCUCGACCACGGCCUUCAAUGGGUCUUGGCUACCUACUCGAAGAUGCUCAGUGGUUAGACGAAGAUGAAUGAAUAAACAAAGCUUUGAUCCAAAGUUGACCAGCUUGAGGGCAUUGGUUGUUAUGUCAGUACCAUACAUGAGAACAUACAACCUAAUGCACAUGUAUUUAUGUAUGUAUUUCUCUUAGUUUUACUAAUAAGUUUUACUUACUUACCCAUAACUGUGAAUUUCUGGCUAAACAAUAUUUUUUUGUUUAUUGUAUAUUUUGUAAAUGUAUUGUGUUUAUGACAUUUUAGUUAAAUGUUUGUAAAGGACCUACAGAUGUCACACUAUAAGUGAAGUUAGUCAUGUAUUCCUUUGUCCAGCCACUGUUGGUGAAUGUGACAUGAUUGUUGACUUUAUGGUAACAAGACAAAAUUGUGAAGUUGUAAGAAAAUAUUAGUUAUUGUUGGUUUUCUUUGCUCAGGAAUAAAUACAAAGAAGUCAAAGGA